AUGAUAUGCGAAGAGGGGGGACUCAACAUCAACUCACGGCUACACCGGCCCCCACAGAUGUCAAGUAUGAUCGCCAACAUGGCAGACGAGAAUCCAUGGAACGAGAUCGAUGUAUUUGAAAAAGGUAGCGAAGACGAAAGGCAGCAAUAUUGGGGUAAAAGUGAUGAUAUGAAAGCACUUCGGAUAUGGAAUAAGAAGUAA